ACAAAUUGUUUGAAUAGAAAGUUGUUAAAGUGAAAAGAGAGAAAGAGAGAGCAAUGGAUAAUUACUCUUCUCCUGGAGGGACUUGGACUAUGAUCCCAACCCCCAAUUCCCAAAUCCAAUCUCAAUCGAAUCAGGAUCCAAAUCUUUAUCUUCAACAACAGCAACAACAACAGCAACAAUUUCUUCUCCAUCAUCAACAACAACAACAACAACAACAACCUUUUCAGCAACCACAAACAACCCAAUCUCAAUUUCAACAACAACAGCUUUAUCAUCAACAACGUCUUCUACAACAACAACAGCAGCAGCAGCAGCAGCAGCAACAACAACAACAACAACCUCAGCAGCAGCAGAAUCUUCACCAAUCACUCGCUUCUCACUUCCAUCUCUUACAUUUGUUGGAGAAUUUGGCUGAAGUUGUCGAACAUGGAAACCCGGAUCAGCAAUCAGAUGCAUUGAUCACUGAAUUGAGCAACCAUUUUGACAAGUGCCAGCAACUGUUAAACUCAAUCUCAGCUUCUAUUCCCACCAAGGCCAUGACCGUUGAGGGACAAAAGAAGAAGCUAGAGGAAAGCGAGCAAUUGCUAAAUCAGCGGAGAGAUUUGAUUGCCAAUAAUUACAAAAAAUCUGUAGAGGAGCUUGUUAGGUCUGAGCCAUAGAAGCCUAUCAUUCUUUUCGAAGAGAUGUUGAAGCUGAUAUAUAUACAUGAAACAAGAUUGACGAGUUCAAAUCAGCGGCAAAACUAAUAUUCUUAUGUUUAUCAUACUGGGUAUGGAGAAGCAUAGUGAGCAUCAUGGAAACAGAUAAAUUUGGAAAUUGGAAGGGAUAUGAUGUAAAAAUGUUACCCUCUGAGCUUUACUUAGGCCAUGGAUCUAAUUAUGGAGUAAGACUUUCCAGUUGUGGAUUUUGAAUAAAUUUGUAUAUCUAAUGCAUAAUGUCAUUCAUGGAGCUGAAAAAUUUGUUGUGUAGUGGACGUGAAUUAAAAUUAUUAGACCAUUUAGACAGUAAAAUUGUUUAAGGAACAUUUGAUUUUGUUGAUAGACUAAGGAAUUAUUUCAUUAUAAACAUUAAAUUU